GACCAAAGGCAAAAGAUCAAUACGUUGCCAUUCCAACUGAGUGGAUUGAUUUCACUCGCUCUGAUGUCGCAUACGAGCCAGUCAACUGCUCCAAUGACCUACCUCGUAUUCUAAUCGAGAUUCAAAAUAAGGCAGAUAUGAAUUUCUAUCAACGGCUAAUCGACUAUUCGCGUUCGGUUUAUAGACAACACAAAGCGUCUAAGCUCCCUAUUGUUGUAGCAAUUGUGAUCAAUUCGACAACCAGAGAUCUACUUGAAGUUGAAACACCUGGUUCUCCUAUCCCUUUUGCAAAACAGCUAUCGAGCAUUGGCUGGGCCAGCUCAUGUCUAUUGUUCAAUGCAGAGACUAUUGCACCCUAUCUCAACGAAGCCCCAUUAAGCCCAUUGCUUGCACUUGUUCACUGCCUUAUUAAACAAGAGGCAUCACUCAUGGACCUGGAACAAUGCAAUGACCCAACACUAGUUUGUCUAUAUACUAAAAUGAAAAAUAUACUUGGUGAUCAUAUCCAUGACAACGAAAGCUCUAUCCAGGUAUUAAAGAAUGUAUGUGCCCAAUCAAAACUAGAAUGCUAUAAGGCAAAAGCAGCCCUUGAAGACCAAGAUCAACCUGUUGGCGUGCGUAUUGAAACAGCCGUAAAGACUUUGAAUAAUGUCAUUGCGUAUGUUAAUGAAAUAGUACAAAAGCGACAUUUAGAGGAUCCAUUGUCCGAUUUCGAAUUUGCUGAGCAACAAAUGGACAAAAAUGGGCACAUACCAUGGAAAACUCAAUUCCAACAGUGGAAAAUACUGGGCCGCUUUGAGCAGUAUAAGUCGUACAAAAGUGCACAAAGUGCUUAUCACCGUGCUACCAAGAAGCAAAAACAAAAGGAAACUGAACAAAGUGAACACCAACAG